AUAAUGGAAAACCCAUUAAAGGCCCGUUAAGUUCGCUUCUUCAUUCAAUAUGUACGUACGUGUCCCCUCCACCACUCAGUGUUAACGAUCAAAUCAGAACAACGCGAUGGAGCUUCUCUGCUCAACAACGUCUCUUUCCUCCUCCUCCUUCGCUCUGUCGUCUUCUCUUUUCGUUCCUCCGUCAUUCUCCAUGGGAGGCACAAAGAGGAGGUUAGUGGUUCUAUGUAGCUCUGAAAAAUCAGAGAAGGAAGAUAAGAUGACAGUGUCAGUAACUGGAGCAACUGGCUUUAUAGGCAGACGAUUGGUUCACAGACUUCGUUCUGAUAAUCACUCUGUCCGUGUCUUAACUCGCUCCAAAUCCAAAGCUGAGCUUAUAUUUCCUGCCAAGGACUUCCCAGGUAUCGUGAUUGCUGAAGAAGGGGAGUGGAGAGACUGCAUUCAAGGCUCUACUGCUGUUGUCAACUUGGCUGGUCUGCCUAUUAGUACUAGGUGGUCUCCCGAGAUCAAGAAGGAGAUCAAGGACAGCCGAGUCCGUGUCACUUCUAAAGUUGUUGAGUUGAUUAAUAAUUCACCAGUGGAUGCUCGACCUACCGUUCUUGUUAGCGCCACAGCUGUUGGUUACUAUGGUGCUAGUGAGACAGGAGUCUUUGAUGAAAAGAGUCCGUCAGGAAAUGAUUAUCUUUCAGAGGUUUGCAGAGAAUGGGAAGGAACAGCGCUGAAAGCCAAUAAGGAUGUAAGAGUUGCACUUAUCCGCAUUGGUGUUGUUCUGGGUAAAGAUGGUGGGGCUUUAGCCAUGAUGAUACCCUUUUUCCAAAUGUUUGCUGGAGGACCUCUGGGUUCAGGACAACAAUGGUUCUCUUGGAUUCACGUGGAUGACUUGGUGAAUCUUAUCUACGAAGCCCUCACUAAACCAUCCUAUCAAGGAGUUAUAAACGGGACUGCGCCAAACCCGGUUAGGCUUGGGGAGAUGUGCCAGCAGCUAGGCAGCGUUCUUGGUCGGCCGUCGUGGCUACCAGUUCCUGACUUUGCACUCAAAGCUUUGCUCGGAGAAGGUGCAACUGUGGUUCUUGAAGGACAGAAGGUUUUACCUGUAAGAGCCAAAGAGCUUGGCUUUGAAUUCAAGUACAAAUACAUUAAAGAUGCUCUUAGAGCCAUUAUGCAGUAAGGUGCCAACACAGAGAUCAUCUUCCCGCAUCAGAUUUGGUUAUAGAAAAACAAGAGAUUCUUUUGCUAUUCGUCUUAUUUUUGAGUUAAAAACUCGAGGCAUAUGCAUGUAUGGUCCAAGUGUUUUCCAGUGAAAUCUCAGAACUGUAGAGAGUGAAACUCAGAAGAAGACAUGUCUUAAUUGAAAUCACAUAUCUUAUUUCA